AUGACGCGGGGGCGUCGUGGCCCGAGCGGCAGUGGCCGCGCAGUGCAGGCCGCCAGCUUUGCCCUGCUACUGUCGGCGGCACCAGCAACGGCGCAGGACCCUUGUGUUGACGCUGUGGUCAACAAGGACCCGCAUCUCCACUUUGCGCAUGGUGGCACUGCAGACUUUCGGGGGCAAGACGGGCGCUACUACAGCAUGUUGUCGGCGCCUGGACUGGCAGUCAAUAUAAAGACUGAGGACGCCCGCUUCCUGCUUCGCGGCGGCAGGUUGACGGUCGACGGCUCCUUCAUCACCGAGGCUCACAUGUCGGCGCGCUUAGGUGACGGGGGUAAGAGAGCUGUCGCAUCCUUCUGGGCAUCCGAGCUGAACGAAGAGAACUGGGGCUGGGGAAUAAUCAACGGCUCGUGCUUUUUGCGAGCCGACAUCCCACGGCCCUUCGUGCUUGGCAAGCAUGGGUCGAGGGAGUGCCUAGGGUUCUCGAUUGAUGUGAGCAUGUCGAGCGCCUACUUCAGCCUGCGCAACUGGACGGUGAUCGUGCGGGGCAAUCAUGUCUACGACUGGAUUUCUGGCCCAAAGCACCGACUGGACGUAAGCUUCAGCGCGAGAGGCGAUGCAGCCGCGCGAGACCUCCCACACGGUCUCAUCGGCCAGAGCUUUGCGUCGACGGCUCCGCGCUUUGGCAUGGUGGACGAGUACCCUGAGGCAGGGCACUUUACAACCAGUGCGAUGGCGGAAGGCGCGAUCGAGGGAGAGGCCAUGCAGUACGAGGUCGCCUCGCCGUAUGCCACCGACUUUGCCUUCUCGCGCUUCCUCGCAAGCGAGGAGGCUGCCCUCAGAUCGGAUCUCCGAGCCAUGCUCGAUGCAUCAACCUCGGAGCGAGUGACAACCGCCGACGACGGGACUUGCUGCGCGCAGAGCAACGCCGAUGAGAGCAUCUGCGACCCAGCAAAGGCGCGGGCCGAUGGAGGCUGGUACCAGCAUUCCUACCAUGGCGCGUACCACCCUCCUGUCGACCGAGGCUUGGGCUACGAGAGGUACUACACAAAUAGCCCCUACACGAUGACCUAUCAGGGAAAUGGCUACAUCUACAUCCAGAACACCCAGAACUGCUGUUACGGUGGGUGUUCGCCGAACUGUUGCUGGCGGAAAUGUGGGAUUGGCACGAUCUACAUCGUCUGCGACGACCAAAACGUCGCCGCCGAGUACUCCUUCGACAAGCUGGCGAGCUACAACUACCCGAUAUCGCCGCCGCCGUCGCCGAGCGCUCCGGCCUCGUUCGAGACCUUCUACUCGUGCCCGAUCGGCUCCUCGUACAGCAGGUCGCACUUCGAGUUAGCGGCGAGCUACGGCACGAAGAACAGCGACGACUGCUGGUUCGAGCGCAUCCCGUCGGACGGGACGACGAGCAGCGGGCUGGCGAUCCGCGCGACGGUGUCGGGCGGGUCGUGCGGCAGCAGCCCGACGACCAUCGAGUUCACGGGCGCCACCGACGCCGCCAAGACCAGCCUGUACAACUACUUUGUGAGCGGGACCCAAGUAAGCUGGCAAACAAUCGACUCGACGUUGGUCUCCGGCUCCGUCCCGAAUCUGCCGACCAACUUGUAUGCUGGAUCAGGCACCAACUACGGCUGGAUUUUGGGAAGCUCGUCAACUACAGCGACGGUAUUUGCAAGCGGCUACAACCUAAACAAUGGUUGGGACCGCUGCAACAGCGCGGCGCUGCACGGCUCAAACGAGGAGAUUGUCGAGCUGUCCUACAUUUCGGUGCCUCCGCCCGCCCCGCCGAGCUGCUGGUUCUACCGGCUGCCUCAGACCACCGUCGACUACCCCUUCAUCCGUGCGACGGUGUCGGGGGGCGUGUGCGGCUCGGAGACAAACACGAUCGAGUUCCGAGACGCGUCGACCACGUCCACGGCCGUGCGCGACUACUUUGUCGACGGGACGGUGAGCAAAGACGACUGGCACACAAUCACGUCGACGGUAGUCGAGGGCACGGUGACGCGGGUGCCUACCUACAUCUACAUCGACGCCACUUACGGCUUCAUCUUGUCCGCCCACACCAGCAGCCAGGGCUACGGCUACGCGGUGGCACGGGUGCAGUGGCCCUCGACAGUGAUGGAUAGCAGCCGCGAGUGCACGGUCAGCCAGCAACUUGACGACGAGCAGCGGCCUCUCGCCCUCGCCAGCCUCCCGACCGAUGCCCUCGCUCACAUUUGCUCCCUCCUCCCGGCACCCGAGGACCUCUCGUGCGCCGAGCGCACCUCUCUGCACUUUCAAGAGGCCGUCGUGCGGGCGCUGCGUGCGAGGCGGUAUGGCUUGCCGGCUCUCGACACGACUUGCGAGCCGUCGUGGACGCAGGCGGCCCUCUGGGAGGAGAGGCGGGACCGGGUGCCGGCACAGCCGAUCGCUGUCGGCUUCUCGCACGUCACGUUCGUGGAUGACUCGGGACGCCUCCUCUCCUGCGGGACCGAGGACUUCGAUGCCGGCGUCGACCGGCCCGGCCUGCUGGGUCACGGCGAAGGCACCGCCAUCUCCGCCUGCGUCGUCCACAGCCUCGUCGCAACGUCGGACGGCGCCGCCUACUCCUUCGGGCACGGCAACAGCGGCAGGCUCGGCCACGGCGACACCGCGCGGCAGCCGUCGCCAAGACGCAUCGGCGGGCGUCUGAUGCAGGCGGUCGCUGCCGGCGCAAGGCACAGCCUGGCCCUCUCCUCGGGCGGCAGCGUGUUCAGCUUCGGGCAGCUCGGCCACGGAGACAAGCGGAGCAGGCUCGUGCCCGAGAGGAUCUGCGGCGCGCUGGCGGCGGUGCGGGCGGUUGCGGUCUCUGCGGGGUGCGAGCACAGCUUGGUGCUGGCGGCGGGCGGGGCCGUCUACUCGUUUGGCUACGGGAGCCACGGGAGGCUCGGACACGGCGACGAGGAGGAGCGACUCGAGCCGCAGCCGAUCGCGAGCUUGGGCGGCGGCCGCACCGUUGGCGCGGGCCAGUAUGGCCUCGCCGCCUAUUCGGUGGCGUCCACCGCCAGCGGCGACGCCUUUGCCUUCGGAUGUGGCGAGGACGACGCGCUCGGUGUGGGUGCGCGUUCGGAGAACUUGCUGAGGCCGCGGCGGUACCCGCAUCUGCGGCUUGCUGGAGAGGGGCGAACGGAGGAGUCGCCGCGAGAGUGCUGUUGACGGGUACACCCAGAGGAAAACUGUCUCAUUGUGCGAGGCCGAGGGGGGCGGCUCGGCUCUGAUGAGAUGCCCCCACCCCG